UGUUGUUGUGAUUUGGCACUGUGUAAAUAAAAUAAAAUUGAAUUGAAUAGAAAACCGCUUCCACCUCACUGCACAAAUAUUUAAAACAGAGAAGUCAGCUUUUGUACUCCUCUGGUAUCAGCCGACCAGCAGAUCCUGCUCAGUCACUUCUUAACAUCGAGUGCUCAUUUCCAAAAUGAAAAGCAGCAAUUAACACAUCAAGGAUGACUUUAGUACCGCGCUCAUUUUCCCCCCACCUCCUUCAGCCUUUGCAGGUAGAGACUGCAUUAAAAAAGUGCCCCUGUUGUAUGAUAAGCAUUUCCUCUGCUGUGAUAAGAAGCCCUGGGAUAGUGACUGUCAAAUGAGGCCAAUUAAUGAUGGCUUGAUGUGAUGUUUUAUCUUUUCGAGGCAAGUCCGCAGCUCCUCGCUCACUGUUUUUACCUCCCAGAUAAGCUCUACUUUGUUGACUUUGCCCCAGUCUGCCCCAAAACCAAAGGCACUUAUUAGCUACCUAUCCGAGAGUGACAUGUGUGGCUACAGGCCAGCGUUGAAUAACGGUCCUUCACUGUCACCUCUGUAGUUUCUGGAUUAACAGCUUGAUUUGAUUUUAAGCCAUCAUAUACACAACAGAGCUGGAGCAUUUAUUUAGGCAAGGACCAGUGUUCCCCCUUCGGCUACUGAGAAAGGCCGUUUGGAUCGCUCGAGCGCUGUUUUUUUGCUAGGCAAAGAAGCUGUGUACUACAAAAGGAUGUAUUUCAUGCUAAUUUAAGGGUUCACCACGAAGAUAUCAGUUUAAGUAGACUGAAAAUUCAAUUGCUUUAUGUUUAGAUCAGAUAGGAGCCAUUUAAGAUUUAAAGAGUCAAAAGCUUUGGGAGAGUUCCAGUGCUUCCUGCUGAAAGGUAUUUACUAUAGCACUGCAUUUCUUUUUAAAGACAGAUAAAAAGGCUAAAGCUAAUGAUGUCCUUGCUGAGAGUUUAUUUUUCUGAAAGUCGCUGAGAACUUCUUCUUAUUCAUGACCGCAUAAGGAGUUAAGAAUGUGUAACUUUGGGGAAGCCAUCCUCAAAGCUCACCUGUUUUCAUGUUGGACUUCAUUACUUAUAGUGAGAAAUUCAUUGAGAAAUAGAUUUUCAAGGAUUCUUAGAUGUGGACAGAAAAUAAUUGUUGCCGGCGGGAAACCAUAAAGGUCAUAACUUUAUGACUUGUGGAGCUUUUGCCUCCAGGGCAUUUUGAAAUGCAUUCUAACAUGUGCGUAUUGUUGUGAAAGCAUGACCUUUUUCUCAGUCUGUCAACUCUUUUGAUUUUCUUAAACCUCACAAUAACCGUGAGUAAAAACAUGCAUAUUAAAAAAAUGAAGGUAGGUUUCUCACAGGAGGCCUGUGUCCUAUGUGACAGUCCUCUGUAUGCAGUCGCCAUACUUUCCUUUCUGUCAUUCUAAAACCUUUCUUCCUCUUUUUAAGGAUGGGUUUGUUGGAAUAACGGUUCUGAAGUCAAAUUAAUUGGAAAAAAUGAAAAUAUGAGAAAGACAUUUCACGCUAAUUUGUGCUAAUUUGCAAUUUGUGUGUGAAGUUUCUCUUUUUAUAGGUAACUUUUUAUUCCAGGAUAAAAAACAAGCAAAACUAAACUAAGACCUGGUUGAUAAAUAGUCCUGCAUUGAAUUUUUUUUUUAAUGUCUUAACCGGCCUCGUCCUUUGGUUAAGAGUUUUUAAAAGUUCAAAUAUUUAGCGAAUAGAUGACUUGCUCCCUCACCAGGUCUGCUCGAUUUUGAGGUGCUAAUUUGCUUGUUGGUGGAAUAUUGGUGACCAGUGAAAUGAACUAGUGGCAUCUUCACUUAUAAAUGAUUGCAUUGUUCCAAGUUCAGCCGCAGACCUUUCCACCCCAUCGGUGAAUUUUGCAAAUGCGACUUCAUGUCACUUUGCUCCACUGAGUAACUGUGAGUGCCUCAGACAAUCCACAGUGCUGCUGCUAUUCAGGUGAACUCUUUAACUCGAUUUUCUCUCACUGAUUAAGUCUGAUCAAGCCUCCGAUAACGCUGCUACACCUGUGUGAAAAAGCAUUAAAGCUAUUAGAGCUGUGGUAUUCGUCCACACGUACAGUUUCUCAAGAUCAUCUGGUAGAUCAGCUUCUGUUGUUUUCCAUUGAUUUGUGAAAGUAUAAAAUAUAUCUUCUUUGUUUAUUGUUGAUGCAAAUAUUAUUUUUUAAGUCUGCCAUCUUCCGCAGAGGUAUGCGAGAGAUGGUUAAGGUUGUGUUGUGAUAUAUUUACAGCUGUCAGUCAGCAACCUCCUGAGACUGAGAUAAGAUAAACUCCUGAGACGUCGCAUCUUACCACUUGCAGUAUCAAGGAGCACAUACACCAGUCAUGCAAGCCAUCCAAUUCUAUUUGAUAUAUCCCAAGCCAAUACAAGCUGUCAGUCAGCAUUAAACUCAGAUUCACAUAUUUACAGAAAAGUUGUGCUGCUGUCAUUAGGGAGCAAAGGCCAACAACUCAAGUAAACUACUCAACAGCUGUUCAGAAAAAGUCACGCAGAUCAUGUUAGGAAGUUGUUACUUUAGCAAGCAGUCGAUCAGUGGAAUCAGUGGUUAUUUAUAUGCCCACAUCAUGCAGAAGUAUCAUUUUUCUUUUAUACUGUAAUUCUGAAACUCAGCAAUUGAAUGAUGCCACUCCUGAGUAUAAAAGAAGUUUAGAGAGCCUAUUCAAACAUUACAUUUUCUCAGUAAGUGUUUUGACCCUUUUAACUCUCUCUCUGCCUCUUGUUUGUGUAUGAAUAGUACAUUUUGGGUUUUGUUUUUUUGUGGUUUUUAGCACAGAUAAAAAUUUCAAAGAUAUGGUGACACCAGAGAGAGUGCAGAGACAUUGAAAAACCAAUGUUCUAUGAAUCCUUGUAAAGAGAAACGCUGUUAAAAAUCACUGUUUAAGGUCAGUUAUGAGAAAAAGAAAACCCCUCAGUGGCAAGUGGAUAAAGACCUUGGCCCUGGAAGCUCAAGGUACUUGAAGGAUCCUAUAGUGUGAACACAGCCAGUAACAAGGUUAUGGAGCGUCAUUACGAAACUUUUGUGGUUGUUUUGUGUCUUUUUUUUGGGUAUCAUUUGACGUGUCUUUGAUGUUAUUUUUGUGUUUUUGAGGUUGUUUUGUGCCCAUUUUGUUUCUUUGCAGCACGUAUUGGUCACAUUUCUUAUCUUUGUUGGGGUUUUGCUGUAUUUUAUCUCUCAUUCUUUUGCAUGUCUUUGUGGCCUUUUUGUGAUUCUUGCUCACAGCUUUGUCUCUCUCUUUUGACAUUUUCCCGUCAUUUUCUUGAGAUGCACCCACUCGCGUGCAUAGACUGUGCAUAACAAUUGAUAUAACCACUGUUGAAACCGUACCAUUUGAUAACCAACAUCGUUUUAUGUUUUUGGAGUCAGAAGCUACUACAUUUGCAUGAGAGGGUGGAGUGUCAAAUGAUCAAUUUGGGCUAGCAAACAUGGUUAACAAGCUGUAGUCCCAAACUGUGCAGGUGCAUCACACAAGACCUGCACCAGCUAAUUAGUAAAAAGUAACAAUAAACUUAGAAAUUCACUCAUAAACGAAUAUGACAAAUAAUUUGGCUUGACAGACUUAUUAGAAGCCAAAUUAUUUUUCAGAUAAUUGUUUUAAAAAUGCUCCACAAGGUAUCAUUAGCUCAGACACAGUCUAAACGGCUAGUUUGGGGAUUCUAGUCAGUGGAGGUGAGGCUUGUCAGAUGAUCAUCAGCUACAGCUCUAUUUGUAAGGACACUUAUCGGCCACAUACCUAAAUUUAAGAGACUAAAAUGUAAAAUUGGAAUUUUUUUAAGGGAGUCUCUGGUGAUUGCCUUGUUUUCUAUAGCCAAAAAAGCCUUGAGUGCACUUGAGAGGAAGUGCAGGUUUUCACACUGGAAAUGUCUGAGGUAAAGAUGAAGCUGCAGAUCACUGUUGAUGUUAGCGCAGCUAGCUUAAAAACCGAAACUUUGAUUUAUCUGUAAGUGACAGUGGUGUGCUUUGAGUGCAGUGUUUAUUUUCUAUCGCUUAAGUGGUGUUUUUUGCAUUUGCUUUUAAGGAUUUUGCAUCUAUUUAUGCAUCUUUUGGCUUAUUCUCAGAAAUAAAGCGUUUGCGAUUUGCACGUGUCUUUAUGGUUUUUAUGGCGUUUUGUUAUUUGCAUUGCUUGUGGUUUGUUGACAUCUUGACCUCUGGGCUUUGUUUAUUUAUGCAGACACGAUCACCACAAACAAAUGUGAGUUAAAAAAAAAUAAAAUAAAAUACAGGAAAGCUGUUGCUCAGAUUGUAGGUUUACAUUUAAAAAAAAAAAAAAAAAAUCUGAGGAUCGUAAUCUACAAACACACUCUGUACUGUAACCAGGCUGCUGCUGUAAGGGUCUGAAGUCAGAUCCAUCCUGCUUGAAUACAUUUCAGAUGAUUUAAAAAUGAUUAACUGAAAACAGCAACGGGCCUUUUCAUUUCUCAGCCACCCCCCCCCAACAGCACCUUUUUUCUUCUUCUUCGUUGCUCAGGGUGGUUGUGCAGGGUGUUUGAUGGGGGAUGGGGUUGCUUGUCUUUGUAGUAGUCACAGCUCCAAAUCUCAUUUGUAAUGGUUAUCAGCUGGUUGGGCUCUUCACAAUAGCUAAUGGGGAAAACAAAUCGGUAUUUGCCAUGUUUAUCAUUUGAUUAACCUUCAUAUUAUCCCUCUGUGUAAUUAGCCUAAUUAUGAGAGGCUUUACACUGACACUCUGAUAUCGCUUGUAUAAACAGGUCUGAAAUUUCUUGGCCGUGUUCAAAUGGAGCGAUACUUUUCUUUAAAAACUGAGUGUGUACCAGACAUGUGUUGUAAGUUCCAUCAAGUGAUAAAAUUAUAAAAUAAUCUAAAAUCCACUGACACGUCAAACUGCCUUGUGCAGAAGGGUCUUGUUGGUAGAUGUCAAACAAAGAGAGCGCGCCUUGUGUAGAAGCAGACAAGGAACCGUUAAUACCCGUUGCAGCAACCCGCCCAACAAGUUUGCUCUUGCAUCUCUGGGGAAAACUUGCUGCCUGCUCGCUUUUGUCAAACCUGAGUCUGCCAGCUCUCGUCAGAUCUGCGUCCGAGUGCAGACUGGAUGAGUUGUGAUCGGGACCCUCUUCUUCCCCGAGCUCUGAGCAUACUUGCUUUGACACAACAAAAAGGUGAUUUUGCCUGCUAGCCUCCUCAGUCCCCUUUGUCAUGGCCAGUUUGUGUCAAGCGCUGGUGCAAUGACUGACUUACAGCAGGUGUUGAAACAAGACAGAUUGCAGCUCGUAUUAGACGUGAAGUUACUUCACAGUAAUGUAUCAAGACCUCCGAAGACCUUUUCUUACCUUACAGUUAAUUUAGGCCUUUUUGUGACUGUGAGGAUACAACUUUAGUUUUAGUGUGAUGGCUUCUCUUGUAAACUUUUCUUGACCAGACCCCAGAGGGCUGUGGGGCAAAUCUGGACUUCUACCACAAGACAUGUGGCCUUGACAUCAAAUAUUUUAAGUGACAAAAAGUGUUUUUAAAACACAGCACUAUGCUGUAAAUAUAAGACUAGAGGAAAUAAAAGGAAAACUGCCAUUUAUUUAGAGUAAAUAAUUCCAUUUAAAUCUAAUAAAAUAAUAAAAUAUAAGCAAUUACCAGCUGAAUAACCCAUUUAUAGUCUCACUUUAAACCCUCAUUUACUCAACUGCCCAUUUAUUUUGUUCGUUUUUUAAUCAUCAUAAGAUCUCUUGAGACUUUUUGGCUUUUUGUUGGAAAAAUGAGAAAUUUGAAACACCUUCGUGACCAGAAAAGAAACAAAAAUUGUUUUAGUCUGAAACCUUGGUUGGAAGGCACAUACACACACAUUGUUUCCUUGAUCCGCAUCAGAGUUGUUGAAUUGAUUUUCACCUCAUAAAACAUUUGCAAAGCCAAUAUUUCAAAUACGUAUUUUAGGUCAGGCGUUGCUUAGAUUCGUUGUUUUCCCCUUUGAUCUGCGUUGGAGCUUGGAAGUAUUGUUCUCUACAUUGUGCCUUGUUACACUGUUUGGACAGUACUGACAGCUGCAGGGAAUCAAGUCCAGAGCAGACUAGUGAACUUGUAAGGCACAAACAUGUUGGGGUAUCCAUUGUUAGGACGCAGCUGAAAGAUUUUAAGGAAAAAACUGGACAAUACGCAGAUUGGUAUUGACUUCUUGCCUUUUUUAAAGAUGUAAUGUACAUAACCUUGAUACAUUUAAACAAAAAUACCUAAUAAAAAAGAAAAUGUUUGACACCAUCAUCAGAUUAAAGUACUGGUCUGUUCUUUUAUCUCUUAGGGGCCUUACCAAGACCUCUCACUGUGCUGGGAAUUAACAGAGAUGUUCUACUCGACCUAAUCCACGCCAUACAUGCUUCACAAGCAUAAAACCAUGUGGAACCCAGUGAGUGAGCAGACAGGACAGGUGACUGCCAGGAUGGAGACCACUCCAUCUUUGGGUAGUGCGAGCAUCUCCGUCUCGCAGCAGCAGGCACCUAAGAAGUUUGCACCUGUGGUCGCCCCCAAGCCCAAGUUCAACCCUUACAAACAGGUGGGAGAGGCCACACUCUCCGAGCCGGCAGCGGACUACCCUCCCCCUCCACCACCUGUCGAAGAGUCAACCGGCUUCCUGUCAUCCCCUGGUUCCUUCCCUCCUCCACCGCUGGGGAACUCGUACGAUUAUCAGGUGAAAGGCCCAGAAAAGACGCUGGAAGAGAGGCGCUCCAGUCUGGACGCAGAGAUCGACUCCCUCACCAGCAUACUGGCAGACCUGGAGAGCAGCUCGCCCUACAAGCAUCGAAGCACACAAAAUUCUGGAUCCAUGGCACCUUCAGCAGGCUCCGCCCCGAACGCUCCCGUGACAGGUUACAAGCGUAUGGUCAUCCCAACUCAGCCUCCACUGACUGCCACCAAGAAGUCUACGCCCAAACCUCAAACUCCUGGGGGAGUCUCAUCUACAUCACCUUCUCCUUUAAGUCCUAUGGCCAAGACUCCAACCCACAUGGCUCCUCAGCCGGUUCCGGCCUCCUAUGCUACAGCAUCAACCCCAAGCCAGCCCACCUUCAAUGUCCAAGUGAGGUCGGCUCAGCCUGGACCCCAGCAUCCAGCCCCUGGUGGGCACAAUUUUGGCCAGCAGCCCAUUCGCAGCCCCGCGCAGGUGCAGUACAUGCCCGCUCAGCCCAAAGGUCCUGACUUUGCUUAUGGCCCGCCACAGCCUGGCUUCUCUCCAAUGGCACCGGGGCCAUAUCAAGAACAGCAGCAUCCAGGUGCGCCACAAGUAAGUGGAAUAAACUCUAGAAGACCUCAAGCAGUCCCAGCCCAAGGAUACCAGCCCCCAGGCCCCAAGAAGACCUACAUUACAGAUGUGCCACCCAGCUUGGCUCCAUACACUUCUAGUCCAACGAUUCCACCAAAGGGCAGCGCUCCCAUGGCCCACCCUGAAGAUGAGCUGGAACGCCUGACCAAGAAGAUGCUGUAUGACAUGGACAACCCUCCGUCCGAGGAAUAUUUUGGGCGCUGCGCCAGCUGUGGAGAGAACGUAGUGGGUGAAGGCACCGGCUGCACUGCCAUGGACCAGGUCUUCCAUGUCGACUGCUUCGUCUGCAUGACUUGCAGCACCAAGCUGCGUGGAAAGCCCUUCUAUGCUGUGGAGAAGAAGGCGUACUGUGAGCCUUGCUAUAUUAACACCCUUGAGACCUGCACCAUCUGCAGUAAGCCCAUUAUGGAGCGCAUCCUGCGAGCUACUGGGAAAGCCUACCACCCUCACUGCUUCACCUGCGUGGUGUGUCACCGCAGCCUGGACGGCAUCCCUUUCACUGUGGACGCUUCCAACCACAUCCACUGCAUCGAGGAUUUCCACAAGAAGUUUGCUCCUCGCUGCUGUGUGUGCUCUGAGCCUAUAAUGCCGGCACCGGGCCAGGAGGAGACCGUUCGUAUUGUGGCCCUGGACCGUGACUUCCAUGUGCAGUGCUACCGCUGUGAGGACUGCGGCUCCCUACUCUCGGAGGGGGAUAACCAGGGCUGCUACCCGCUGGAUGGACACGUGCUCUGCAAAAACUGUAACACCAGCCGCAUCCAGGCCCUCACCGCCAAGGCCACCACUGACCUCUAAACAGCUAAACUGUGAUAACCCGGCCCUUGCUCGCUCUUUUGGUUUCUUGCAAACAUCCACAAAAGCCUGCAUUCCUCAUUUACAUAUAUAUGGCUCUAUAUAAAUGUUCACCUUAAGUAACAAAACAUACUGUGGCAUCACAUUCACACGCUCACAUAUAAUUAUUUACUCUGUACGAUCACUGCAGAAGAGUUUUUCUUAUUUAAAGUUUUCUUCCUGUAGCUUAACAUAAAGAGAGGAAGACAUGGGAAGCAACUGCUCUUCCUCAGUCUGAAGGUUUAAAAAAAAAGGAUCUCUAAAGCUCACUGAAAGAGGGGUUUAGUUAUAAUUAUAUUAUAUUGCAUUAUUUUAUUGUAAAAAUGCUAAGCUAGCUGGUUCAUCAUUUAACUCUAAGCCAUAGAGCUUUUACGCAUUUCCUACAAUUUUUGCACUGCUACUUUAAAUCUAAAUCCGUCUACAAUAUACAUCACCACCCCCUGUUAUCCUCCUGUUAUCGUAUUUAUCACCAGCACAUAUCUUUUAGCUAGGUUGCACGUGCAUGCACGGGCCCAUAAUGUUCCUCUCCGACUUCUUUUUCUGAUCUAAAACACGAGCAGGACGUGCAAAAUGUUUAAUAUGUUUACUGUGCAGGUGAAGUUGUGGAUGGAUGUCAGUGUGCGCGUGUGUGACUGUAGCUUUAGCAGUAUUUUUAGGAAAAACGUGUUUGUUUGUUUUUCUGCAGGACAAAUCAGAGUACAGUACACAAAAUGGGAUGAAAUUACCCAACGAAGGCUUUCAAAACAGCUCUGCAUAACUCCAAAAAGCGAAUCUAAACUGCCAUGUUUGUAUGUAUUUCCACGUUAUUUAGAGUAAACUGCUCUGUACUGCAGGAAUGAUAAACAGUUAUUUCUGCUGUUGAGAACAAAAAAACCACACCUCCUUUUUAGCACAAUAUUUUCCUUUCAGCUGGAUAUUCUUUCAUGCAUAUGGUUGAUUAUUUUCCAUUUUGGCCUGAGCAGCACAAUCAUAUAAACACAACCUUUGUGUUGAGUUUAAUUCUUGUUUUUGUUUUUUUCAGCGUAUAAUUGUGUAACUUGCCCCUUUUUAACGACCAUAGACAAAAGCAGUGAUUGUUCUUUAAGCAGUCUCACAGAAAUAAAGAAUAUUCCAUGCCUAUGCAAUUUUUAAUGUUAAUUGCAUCGACACUUUAUGAGAAAUUUUAUGAUUUAAGGAAAUAUUUUACAUGUACAGAUGUGAUCAUAAGUGUCCUUAUUGUAACCCUGUAAUCAAACUGUGUGUCUCUGUGCGUCUCUGUGCUUUAUGUCAGUGCUGAUUGUUUCAUUAACGCUCAUCUUUUAUAUUUGCUGUUUGUUUCAAAGUUGAUGGACAAAGAAGGGACCGUGAGAGUUUCCCAAAAAUAACUGAUUAUGUUAUUUGCUCGAUCCAAGAGCGAUGGACCAGAAGCUUUAGGGUUCAUUCCGAUGUUACAGCAGUACUAGGUGAGUUUAACGUACCUUGUGGAGUAUGACUUUACUGUUUAUCGCAAAAAACGACAAUCAAAACACAAUAAAGACGUCAGGCAAAGAAAACGGCUUCAAAAAAAGAUCACAAAGAAGCACACAGUGUCUACACCGAGAUACAGAGUGACACAAAACAACUGCAAAGACAAAGAAGACCACAGAGAGGCACACAAUGAUGGCACAGAUAUGCAAACAUUCCACCAAAAUUAUAUAAGACAAGUAUAAAGACUGUAAAGAGGGAAAAAAAAUGGCUUGGCUCCAAAGAAAUUGAAAGUAAAAAUUGUAAGUAACUACAAAGAAACUACAUAAACCCUAAAAAAAAAUAGAAAUGGUGAAAAAAUGCCUUUAAAAAAGAACAA